AUGAGGCCUCAGGCGCUGCUCCUCGCGUUGGCCGUCGUCGCCGUCCUAACAGCGCUGCCCCUCACACAUGGCCAAGGGGCAAGCCCGUGGCCGUGCUGCGACAAGUGCGGCGUGUGCACCAAGUCCAUCCCACCGCAGUGCAGGUGCCAGGAUGUGUCGCCGACCGGAUGCAACUCGGCUUGCAAGAGCUGCGUCAGGUCCACCGCCGGCUUCCAGUGCGUGGACAGCAUCACCAACUUCUGCGAGCGCCGCUGCACGCCCGUCGCGUGA